ACUGAAGCACUGAAGUUCAUAUUACGAUCAAAACAUGGCUGCUGGUUAACGAAACGUCAGCGAUAGAUGCUAUUUAGCAUCUUUGCUGAGUGUUGACAAAAGUUUUGUUUACAUAUUUAAAAAGACAUAACUGAAUGAUGUGAAUUUUUCAUGAAGAAAUACUGUAAAAAGUUUUGAUGUGCUUAAUUACCAGAAUGUUACAUUUAUAUUUCUUUGAAAGCGUUACCAUCGUAUUCGCAGUGUUUUUUAAUCUAGCAUUUUUGAGGAGUUAUGAUUGCCAGUUAGUAAUUAAUGUAAAAAAUCAAGGAGGAGAUAUCGUUCAAGAAACUAUUUCUUCCAACACAUCUGCGGAUACUAUAACAUUAGAAUUUCAACGUCCUGAAGGAACGUUAAUAACACAGUUUAUAGAUUUCAAAUCGGAGGUGCAAAUUUUCCGUGUACUUGUGUUGGGAGAGGAAGAGAGAGGCCAGAGCCAGUAUCAAGUUUUGUGUUUCGCUACACAGCUGAGCAAAAAUGACUUUAUAUCUGCUGAUGCUAUGUCAAAAUUAAGACAGCGUAAUCCUGGUGCCAUACGGCAGCCGGAAGAGGAUAGAGGCAAAGAAAACCUAGAAAUGGACCUCAGCAUUGAACUUGAUAAGUCUUCCGUUAUUUCUCCACAUCUUCCAUACCUUUGUGAUGAAGCUGCUCAUUCUGCUUAUGCCAGGGAAAUUGACUUGCGAGCAUGGGCAAGUCCAAAAGCUUUGAGUAGAGACAUUGUUACCUUGACAUCCUCUGUAAAGCGAGCUCCCCCGCCUAAGCCCGUCCGUUGCAAUGUUAAUAAUAACCUAUGGCAACCUUGUCAAUGUCGCCUUGAGAUCUGUGUGGGAUGGUAUCCAUGCGGUUUAAAAUACUGUCAUGGUAAAGACUCUUCUGGAAAAACCAUCAAUUAUCGAUGUGGGAUAAAAACAUGCCGUAAAUGCCGUGCUUUUGACUUUUUUGUUCAACAAAAGCAACAGUGUUUAUGGGAUGAAUAAUGCAAUAUUAUUUGGUUACCAGAGAAUUAUACCAUUAGAAGUAAGCUUCCCUCAUCUAGUUGGAAUGUUUAUAUUUGAUGCUAAUUGACAUCCCGUUAACAGAAAAGUACCUGCCAUUUUAGCCAACUGUAACACUGAAGACUGCCUGCAUAUACGCAUACUACAUAAAUACAAAAAAAAAAAAGUUUAAUUUAUAAAUAAGGAUUUUUUUCUUUCUUGAUAUACUUGUUUUCUAUUAAUGCAAGAUAAAUAUCCAUGGCAAAAUAUGUUCCAGAUCUAUAUGCAAAGCACAAAACUCCAAUUUAAAACCAUUAAUUUUUUUUUUAAUUUUUUUUUUUUUAAUUUUGUAUUUCUUUUAUAAUGUAGAAAAUAUUAUUUGAAAAGUUUGGAUAAACAUAUAGGUAACUUAAACUAUUAUAGAAGUCAUUAUUAAAGGACAAUAUGCUUAUGUUUAGUAGAAAUGUGAUUUUGACAUUUCACUUUUUAUGCUAAAAUUUGUAAAAAUUCUAAUAUGCAUUUACAUGAUUAUCAAAUAUUAAUCAAAACAUAAUUAGCCAGUAUUGAUUACCAUAAAAUAUAGAAUGGAAAAUGCUUCUAUUUUCAAUUGUAUUUUGAUUAAAUUAUUUGUAAUUUGGAUCAGAGAAAUAAGUGUGUAAGUGUAUUAAUGUAAUAGUGUAACAGAGAUAGUUUUCAUAUAUGCAGAGUUUUAAAAAAAAAUGCUUCUGUUUGAAAUUAUUUCAUAAAAUGAAAUGUACUAUGCAAAAAAUAUAUUAUUUUGUAUAAAUUUACAGCUAUGUCAAUAGUUCUGCAUUGAUAUCUGUAUAUCAAGGAUAAAAAAUAUUUGUAGUAUAAUGUUUACCUUUUUGUGAAAUUUUUAAUUUUUUGGGGAAGAGCAAGCUUUAUAAGAAGAUGAAUUAAUUAUAUACCAUUAGAUAAUAAUGAAUCUUUUCAGUUUAAUAAAGAAAAAUUAAUACAGCAUGCAUGAUUAUCUAAUCCACUGGAGAACAGAGAAUUUAAAAUAUUUAUAUAGAGGUUAACUUCAGUUAUAUUAUUCUAUAUUAACUUCAGGUUUACAUUUGAGGUAUAAAAUAUAGAAAAUAAUUAAAAUUUUAUUGCAUUAUUAACAAUUAAAAAGCACUGCCUACAAAUACUUGCGAUCUCAUAAUAUAAUAACAUACAUUAAUAAUACCAAAUGCUGCAUUACAUAGUUAAAUUCUGUUUGUAUAUUAAAUUAUUAAUUUUAAUAAAAGUAAAAAUGUGAAAAAAUUUACCUAAUAUAAUUUUUAUCUAAGUAUUGGCAAAGUACUCUUAGAAAUAAGAAAAAUAAAUUAUUAUUAAUUUUACAUCAAUCCAAGAUUUUGUAAAGUUUCAUUAAAAUGUAUUUUCAUUGCAGUUUUGAGGCCAAUACAAACACAUAAUUUCAUUUCAGAAAUUAUUUGACUGAGUUUUAGAAGCUUUUAUGUAGCAGUUAACAUAUAACAAAGGAUAAAAUUUGUACUCUCCAUAAAUUUUUCACUAGGUAUUAAAUGUAGAAUUAUACAAUAUAAUAAUCAGGUUUUAUAAGUUUAGAACAGAUUACAAAUUAGUGACAUUGGGAUUUUAUGCACUAUGUAUGAUGAAUUAUGCGUUGACAAGUUUGGUCCAUUUAAAAACUUAAAGUAUGUUUAUAUAUGUUGUAAUUAUAUUCUUAUUAUUUGCUAAUUUAUUUUCUAAGAAGAUUUGAAUGGAAGCAGAAAUUUAAUAUAUAUAUAUAUAUAGUUAUUCAUUAAUUAAAUUUUUAAUGCUUAUUUUAAAUUAUUAAGUUUUAUGUAUAUAAAGAAAGUUUGUUGGUGUAUUGUAUUUUUUGGCAAUACUUUGAAAGUACAGAAAUUUCUAAGUUACAAAAGAUAGUGUGUAUUGUACAGAAUUCAGUUCUCAAUAUGUGCUUGAAUUUUAUUUUACAUGCAUAUCUUUUAUGAGCAGUUAAAACUUGAAAAGAGGGAGGAGCAUUAUUAUUUUUACAUUUUAUAAUCUGUAUAUGAUAACAUAUUGCUAUUUAUCGUGUUAUACAUUAUUAAAUUAAAAAAUGUUAAUUAAAAAAUGUUAUGUUGAUAUAUCGAAAAAUCUCCUGUAUAGUUUAGUUUCAAAAGCUGAUAAUAUAUAUAUAUAUAUAUAGCUUUAUUAUUUUUUCUAAAAUCUUAAAGCAAGUUUACAUUUUUUUAAAUUAAAAGGAGCCACUGAAAUUUAUAACUCGUGAAAUUUUGGUGGAUGGAAAUAUAAUGUGCGGUAAUUACAUUUUUUAAUUUUUAUCAUAUAGCAGAACUGAAGAUAUAUUUCUGUUACAUAUAUCAAUAUACAUAGUAACAAUCGGAAAUUUUAGUUCUUUUUUAAAAAUUGAUUUUGGAGUACAAGACUUUAAUAAAUGAAACUUUUGUAAGCAAUAUAUAUUUAAUGUAUGUUAUAUUUAAUUUUUCAAUAUUAAAUUUUCCUCUUCUGGGCACUAAGUUAUUACUGCCUUGCAGCCAAAAGUGAGGUAAAUUAAUAUAGCUAUAAAAUCAUGUAAAUUUAAUGUAGAAAUAAGUUAACAGGACCAAAAAGUUACCAGUAUAUAUAAAUUGUUACAUUUAUUCACAAAUCCAGAUGUAUAAAUUUGUUCAUGGUUAUCAUUACUUCUGAAAAAUGUACAUGUGAUCAUAUUUUUUUUCAAUAUCUGUUAAAUGAUGGCAGUAUACUUAGUGCUUUAUUUGUCAUUUGAUAAUUUUAUAACAAGUAUGAUUUGAAUAAUUUGGAAAUUAAAACACAUUUUGGAACUACCUUUAAAGCUUUAUUAGGUUUGUCAUCUCUAAAAAAUUCUAUCAUUUGCCUGAUAAUUUUUCUUCAGGCAAGUAUUAUUAUAUUCAUAUGAUUUUUAAUUUAAGGUUUAAGUUACUAAACAACUUUUAUACUUGGAAUCCAACACAUAUCAGUAGCAGAGAGUAAGGAGUUCUAAUUCGAUACUUUAUAUAGAUUUACCAGAGAAAAAGGUUCUAAUUAGCUAGCCAUACUUUUACUUGUUUGUGUUUUUAUAGUCAGAGUUUGAUCCUUGAAUGAUAUAUAAUACUUGCAAAAACUGUUUUUGUAUAGAAUUUGCAGUCAUUAUUUAUAAUUGUAAAAUUUUAAAUUAAACUUUUUUCAUUGAUGUUACCUGCUAAAAUAACCUCUCUCUCUUCCCCCCUUUUUUUAAUAUAUCCUGGGACUUAUUAAUUAGGCUAAAGUUCAUCUUUUAUUUUUAAAGUAUAAAUUUAAAACUCCUUUCUCCUUGUAUAUGUAUUCCAGAAGGGCUUCCAGACAUGUCACACUUACAACGUGGGUCAUAAACCUCACAUUUAGAAUACAUAUGCACAGUUAGCUUUUAUUACAAAGUAUUAAAUUUUAUAUGCCUUCUUUAUGCCCUUAUUAUAGCGUUGAGAGUAGCAUAACUUUUCCACAUGGUAAAAGUCUGUUGCUGAAGGUUUUCUGCAUCAGUUGUGAGAAAUGUGGAAAUAUUUGUCUUUUUAUGCAAGAUGAUGAAUAUAUGUACAAAUGUAAAUAAAUAUCACUUUUGUUGUGAAAGUUCACCCUUCCUAAAGAAACAUUGUAAUUUCCUUCCUUUCAAUUAAGUAUUUGUAACAGAUAAUAUGUGUUGCUAUUUAUUAUUUAUAUUUCAUUGCAAGUCCUCUAAAAAAAUAAGAAAAAGGGAAAAAAAUGGACUUAUCUUUUGCAUAUUCAAUGCUUAAAUCCUGACCUACAUAUGCAAUUUUUCGUGUUAAAAAAAGUGAUAAAUCAAAUUGACUGUUUUUUCUCCCAUAUAUGAAAAUACACAUAUAAGUAAUUAAUAUAAGUGGACAAUAUGAUUUAUGUAUUCACACAAAUACUUGCAUUUGAACUUUUCAUUUAUGGCUGUUGUAUCUGAUAUAUACUGUAAAUUUCAUGUAUUUUAUAGCAAUAUUUCUGAAACUCCGUAGUUCUUUGUUUUUCAGUAACUUAUAUUCUUAAUUUUAGGUUGUUGUGUAAAUUGUUAUAGUGCAUUAAAAUAUCAGCUUCCCCCCUAAUAAUGUAACCUAAAGCAAUAUUAAUGUAAGGCUUAUUAGGUAGGGAUAAUUUUUUUCAUAUUUUUAAGUUCAAAAUAAAGGAACAACUGAAAUAUAAUGUUUCCUAUUCUGUCUAAAAAUUUCUAAAAUUUUAAUAGAAUAAAUGAACAGCAUAUUGCUGUUAUGCAUGAAAAUAACAUGGAGAUUGUUAUUAAAAUUUAGGUCUAUUUUUUUCAUGUUUGCUAUGAAAUACAUGUAUUAAAAGUUUGUUUUAAAAAAUAUGUAUGGAGAGAAUACAAAUUUAGCCAGUUUCGUCAUUUGGGCUCGAUUUUGCAACUGUACAGGAAACUAAAAAUUAUAUAUGUAAAAGAAAUGCUACUUGAUUCCUUUUGUAAAUAGAAAUAUUUCAGUAUAUGUUGUGGAAUUUUGUUCAAAAAAUGUUAUCAGCACGUUCUCUUUUUUGCAUCUGGUGGCAAAAUGUUGUUUGAAAUAAAUAUUCCUAUUUUUAUACUUAA